AUGGAGGCAGCGAAGCAUUCGGCAGCCAACGCAGUGGCCUCCGUUAAGCAUGCCUUGCCCGGCCAAGGCACUGGCACUGGCGGGCAUACCACCGGAACCCACCCAACGUCAGCAGCCAACGCAGUGGCCUCCGCUAAGCAUGCCUUGCCCGGCCAUGGCACUGGCGGGCAUACCACCGGAACCCACCCAACGUCAGCCUUGCCCGGACAUGGCACUGGCACUGGCGGGCAGAGUACUGCCGGAAAAGUGAUCGAACGUGUGACUGGGACCAACAAAGCUGGCACAGGAAGGCAUAAUGCCAAUAAUUAUUAA